AUGAAGCAUUUUAUUUGGUAUAAAUCUGUACCGGUCCGGUGUAUCAGGCUUCCGCAAGGACCCAAUUCCCGCAUAAAAACAAUCACUAACUCUGGGAGAGCGAGUCAGCCUUGGGAACUUACAUGUCCAAUCGCAAGAACGUAUCAACUAUGGGAGACAAGCUGCAAAAAGGGGAAUCUCAAUUCAGAUGCACUUCUUCGGGAUUACUUUAUGUAAAGUGGCAGGACACAACGGAAGUUUUGCUGUUGAGUAACUGUCAUAAGCCCAAUGUGACAACAAUUAUCAAAAAAAGCAAAACCGGUGAACAACAAAAUAUCCAAUGUCCAGAGGCCAUAUCUUUUUACAGAAAAAAAAUUCAAGGG